CCCAGCUCUGUGACGCGACUUCUCCCGGGGGAGGGAAGGGGCAGCGCAGCACCUGGUCCGCCCUCUAUUGCUGCCGCCGUGGGAAUGGAAACAUCUGCCCCCCGUGCCGGAAGCCAACUGGUGGCGACAACCACGGCGCGCCACACCACGCCCCACCGCGCCGAUCCCCUGCGCGAAGCCUCGCGAGACAAGCUCGCUGAAAUGGCCGCGUCCAGUCAAGGACACUUUGAGGGAAAUUUUGAUUCGCUAGAUCUUGCAGAAUUUGCUAAAAAACAACCAUGGUGGCGCAAGUUGUUUGGACAGGAAUCUGGGCCCUCCUCUGAAAAAUACAGCGUGGCAACCCAGCUGUUAAUUGGAGGGGUCACUGGCUGGUGUACAGGAUUCAUAUUCCAGAAGGUUGGAAAAUUGGCUGCAACAGCUGUAGGAGGUGGAUUUUUUCUCCUUCAGCUUGCAAACCACACUGGGUACAUCAAAGUUGACUGGCAACGAGUAGAGAAGGACAUGAAGAAAGCCAAAGAGCAACUGAAGAUCCGUAAGAGCAACCAAAUACCAACUGAAGUCAAGAGCAAAGCUGAGGAGGUGGUGUCAUUUGUAAAGAAGAAUGUUCUAGUGACUGGGGGGUUCCUCGGAGGCUUUCUGCUCGGCAUGGCAUCUUAAGGAGGGUGACUUUAUUUCCAUGUGUUCUGGUUUUCUCCAGCCAGCAGCCUCAACACUCCAUCAUAGUAUACCAAAUCCCUCCUCUUCCUCGCUGCUGUGGAAACUCUAAAAGGCUUCCAUUGGCAUCUGUGGGUAGAAACUGAUACAGAUGAGAUGGUAGAUGUUAGCUGUCCUCUAAGUACACUCCCUAGGUAGCCACUCUUUAGGUCAGCAAGAGUGUUGCAGGGUGGGGAAGACAUUAGCACAUAGGAACCUUAUAUGCUGCAUGGAAAGGAAUUGAAUACAUUUGUCUUUGAGCAUGAAAGA